AUCCUCACGUCAGGGGAGAUGAGAGGGCUUCUAAAUCGCGUCACUGUUUUACUCGUUCUGGUUUCGUUCGGGCACUCGGUGAAGCUGCGGCAGGAAUGCGACAUCGGACUACAGGUGGGAUUCCCGAGUGAGGCCAACGGGCAGCCGUGGGUGUCUUGCUCACAGGUCGACUGCUCGGUCACCACUAAGAACACUUGGUUCAUUGGAGCGCUGUACAAGCGCGUGGACUGCCUGGAAGCAGAUGGUAAAAUGGUGAAGGUUGAAUAUCAGAGGCAAGGGGGACUAUCAUGCUCUCUCGUUCCCAUCCGAACAAACGAGCAGCUCCUCGCAGAGUACUUGGACCCGAGCAACGCCUCCUGUGGCCAGCUCCCGUCGGCCUCUGGCGCCCGCCUCUAGCUCCCUGAACUUCGGGACAAGAACUCGAAAUUGGAUUUUGUCAUGUACGAAUAGUUAUUGUUAAUUCAACAUACGAGUUU